AUGGAACUUGAAGAACAGGUAAGGAAAUUGGGAAUUUCUGGAAAAAUUCUCCAACAGCAAGUGGAUCAAGCGGUUGACCAUUGGAACACACACAUAUUAAGAAAAGAGGAAGAGCUUCAAGAUCUAUGGGACGAUGAUGAAAGUUCCCAAGAAACAGAACAAGCCGCUGAACCUACUGUCCAAAAAUCAGCAACUAAUCCGGAGUCUACCAUCGGAUCUGCCACUGCACCAUCAAACAGGACUGUUGUUGCACCUGCUGCAGAAUUUUCUGCACCAGCAGAUUUUACUGCACCAGCAGGUCCACCCGCUGCCACGCCCACCACUGCAGAAAUUGAACCAGAAACCCGAGUCCAGGUUACAGCAGAAUUUUCUGCACCAGCAGAUUUUGUUGCUGCACCUGCUGCAAAAUUUUCUGCACCAGCAAAUUCACCCACUACCACGCCUGCUACUGCAGAAAAUCCAGCAAAGGCAGAACCCCCUGUUGCACAUGAAGAAGCUGAAAUUCAAGCUGGAAAUCUGGCUGUCCAAGCUGCUGAAAACAAAGACAGCAAUAACUGUCCACAGCCUGCAUUCCCUACUGUUGUCCCAAAAUCACAGCCUACUGAAACACACACUGCUGAACCAGAAUUUGCUGUACCAAAAUCUGCUGCACCAGAAUCAGCAGAACCAGCCCUUGCAAAUACAGCUGCAGAAAUUGCCCAAACAGCCGAUAGAAUGGCAGAAUACAAUAUGCAAGCUGCUGUAACCAAACCAGCCCAAAAACCAGAAAUUUUUACCAAAAAAAUUCCAGAACCAGCCCCCAAACAGGACCAGCAGCCAACUAAGGCAGGACGCGGCAUGCCCACACCACUUCAGCAAGCAGAAAAUAGGAUUCCCAGACCAGUUGGGCAAACAGCUCCUGAACAGCCAGCAAAGAAGCAACAAGAUGUUUUCAGGGUAGCCAAGCUUAAUGAUUCUCCAUUGGAGUAG